CAGCGAGCGAGCGAGCGGCAAAUAAAUCACCGUGCCAAACUAGAUUGCGGCAAGAAUCAAGAACUUAGCACGACAACACAGAGAGAUUUUCUCAAGAGAGAUUUUGAGGUUUUCGGAGAUGCAGGGCGGGAGGAGCGCGAGCGCGGUGGAGGCGGCGAAGGAGGCGGCGGCGAACGUGGGCGCGUCGGCGUGGGCGGGGAAGGAGAAGACCAAGGCCGUCGUGGAGGCCACCGUCGACAAGGCCAGGGCGCCCGACACGGCGGCCAGGGACGCCGCCGACGCGCGCAAGGCGGACCGCAUCCGCGAGGUCGAGGCCACCAAGCGCCACGCCAUGCGCGCCAACGCCGCCGCCUACCACCCGUCCUCCCCCGCCGCCGCGCCGCCGCCACCAGCUCAGGCACAGCCCGUCGGGGUCGGCGGACGCGCCAUUGACAGCUCGGCGGCGCCCGCCCCCGCACACACCGCCGCGGGCGCUGGGGUCGUCAACAGCGGCGUCGCGCCGCCCGGCGCCAUCGCCGGAGCGGGGGGUGCCUUGGGCCGCCCGGCGGCGGCCGCGGGGGGAGACGGAAGCGCCGUCGACGCGCCCGGCGGCGGCGACGUGGAGGGACAUGCAGGCGGCGUGCCGGUGGCCGCUACAGAGGGCGCCGGCGCCGGCUAUCCGCCGGCGCAUGUCUGAGCGGAUGGAGCUCUGCCUGCCAUGAUCGUUGAUCGAGUUGAGUGUGUCCAUGAAUCCGAGAUUUCUUUGCAUGUUUGGUUUGGUGUGAAAUGAACACGGUUUUCACAUAUAUUUACGCUGGUUUGUGAAUUGAUUAUGUAUGAUGAUGCUGGUUUGUGAAUUGUGAUCGACUUGUGUGAGUUGUGAGGACGUUGGUCCUGUAAAGAAAAUGUAUGGUUGGUUUGUGGUAAAAAAUUACUUUGAUGUUUGGUUAUGUUCA